AGAGCACCAGCAGCGUCACAUGUUGUUUUUCUCCAGGAUCAGAUCAGUGCCUGCUCUGGUGCCACUACACUGUCUCAUCUGCCACAGCUGACGCACAUGUAAGUGUCUGCAAUGGAUUAGAUUCAAACGUGUUGUCUUUUCUUUUUUUUAAAAAAAAACCAAAACUUUUUAUUCUUGCUGGUUAUCCAGAAAAUAAGGACUGUGCUUGUUUUGCAACUUGGAAAUAGUAGUGGCGAGAAAUGGCAAGUCCUCCGACGACGGGAGGACACCUGUUAUCUAAUGGGACGAGUGGCGUGAAGAAGUGCGGUUAUCUAAGGAAGCAGAAACACGGACACAGGCGCUUCUUCGUUCUGCGGGAGGCGACCGAGCGCUGUCCGGCGCGCCUGGAGUAUUAUGAAAGCGAGAAGAAAUGGAGGAACAAGUCCGCAGCGAAACGGUUGAUAUCUUUGGACUCAUGUCUGUGCGUAAACAAACGGGCUGACGCCAAACACAAGCACCUCAUCGCCCUCUACACCAAGGACGAGUACUUUGCUGUGGCUGCGGACAACGAGCAGGAGCAGGAGAGCUGGUACACGGUUUUGACUGAUUUAAUAUCUGAGGGGAAAGUGUUCGACAGCCCCGCAGCCACCUCCUCCUUAGUUGGCUUUGAGGAGGCCAGUUAUGGACUCAUUACUCCUGCAACUGCUGCAUAUAAGGAGGUUUGGCAGGUCAACAUGAAAUCCAAAGGCUUGGGUCAGAUCAAGAACCUCACUGGAGUGUACAGGCUGUGUUUGUCCAGCCGGACUAUCAGCUUUGUGAAAUUGAACUCUGAAACAGCAGCUGUCAGUUUACAGCUCAUGAACAUCCGCAGAUGUGGUCACUCAGACAGUUUCUUCUUCAUAGAGUUGGGGCGGUCAGCGGUCACUGGGCCAGGGGAGUUCUGGAUGCAGGCAGAGGACUCCGUGGUGGCACAGAACAUCCAUGAGACCAUCUUGGAGGCCAUGAAAGCCAUGAAGGAGCUGUCUGAGUUCAGGCCCCGAAGCAAAAGCCAGUCAGCAAGCACUAACCCCAUUUCUGUGCCCACACGACGGAACCUCAACAACCCCCCUCCUAGUCUGACUGGCCUGGUGAGGAGGUCCAGGACAGAUAGCAUGGCAGCCUCUUCCCCGGGGAGAAAGUUCACAUCCUGUCGGAUAAGAACGGCCAGUGAGGGAGAUGGAUGUGUAACCCGGCCCGUUUCCAUGUCCAUAUCUGUGAGUGGGAGUCCCACCAGUCCAAACUCUGGGAAUCACCUCAUCAGGUCCCACACCCUCAGCAGUGGGCGCACCUGCAGAAUGCUAGAGUCAGCCUCCAGCCUGCAUCACAGCCGUUCCAUGACAAUGUCCAACUCUCCUCCGGCUGCAUCCAGCCCCAUCAGUGUGUCUCCAAGAGGUGGGGCUAGUAUCUCCACUCCCGACAAAGCCAGGCGGCCGUUCAGCUGCAGCGCCUCCAUCUCUGGCUCCCUCAGUGACACAGGCUUCAUACUGUGUGAUGACUACAGCUCCAGUCCAGGCGAUCUCAAAUUUCUCCCCCUGACCCGCAGCAACACCCCUGACUCUCUGUCCAGCACACCUCCAUCACGUGACAUCAGUGACCCCUGUGGUUACAUGAUAAUGGAGGGCGCAAAUGGGAGUCAGACAUUCGACAAGGCUUACAGGAAGCGGACGCACUCCCUCACCACACCACGUCAGAAAAGGGUAGUGGCGCCGCUUUCCUCUGCCUCACUGGAUGAGUACACGCUCAUGAGAAUGGCACAUGGACAGAAUUGUCACUCCGCCUCACCCAAAGUCUGCUACCCUGAGGAUUACGGAGACAUUGAAAUUGGUUCAUCCAGGAGCUCAAGUAGUAACAUCGCCGAUGAUGGUUACAUGCCGAUGACUCCAGGUGUAGCAUCACACUCUGGAAAAGCAGAUAACUAUGUGCCCAUGAGCCCCAUGUGUGUCUCUGCUCCAAAGCAGAUUGUGAAUCCCAGGGUGCAUCCUCAGGUGGCUGCUGGUGGCAGCUUCAAAACCAACUCCCCCUGCAGUAGCUCUCUGGAGGACAAUGGCUACAUGAGAAUGUGGUGCAGCUCCAAAUCCUCCAUGGAGAGCCUAGACAAGCAUGGUGAAUACAUGAACAUGUCACCCGGAAAUCCACCUUCUCUCCAGACUCCCCCUGACUACUACCAGGGUCCGGUUGCUUGUGAACCAGCAGCAGUGAAGUCAGCUCACCAGGCCGGCUCCUUAACAUUACCUGCUAAGCUUCAGACCUCAAAGAAUGACGAUAACAGCCAGUAUGUGUUGAUGAGUCCUCAGAGUUUGAGGCAGAAGGGUGGAGAGUCUGACUACUACUCCGUGAUGCAGCCCAGUGCAGCACAAACCUCACCACUGAGCCCCUCAAUGCCGUCUCCUGUCAGGCACGGCCGCGUGGAAAACCCAGCCUACAGAGGGAGGUUGGGCAGACCCAACAGGUUAUCCCUCGACAGUGUGAGGACGCUCCCCAGCAUGAAUGAACACCCCCUGCCUGGAGAGCCCCGGAGUCCCGGGGAGUAUAUUAAUAUUGACUUCAGCUGCACUAGAUUCUCCCCACACUCCACCAUGUCCACAGAGAGCCAGUCCUCAUCUCUGGGCUCCAGUGGAGAGGUCCAGGGGAGGUCGUCGCUGACAGACUACAUAAACCUGGACCUGGGCUCACACUCACCAAAGGAGGCUGACACUCCUACUGAGCGCCUGGACACACUCCCAGAGUUAUCUAUGUGCCCCUGCUCAGAGGAGGAUGGUGUGUACCAUCUGGGCAGUGAGAAAGGGUCUCAGGGCCUCGGAAAUGAGGUGAAAAAUGACUACACAGAGAUGGCAUUUGGAAUGACCAGCUCGCCUCCACAGCUUGUUCCUCAGAACACAGCAAGCCAGAGCAACAGGGAGAGGAGGCUCUCUCAAGAGGACCAGGGAGUCCCAGAACGCAUCGGGGUUUUCCUGCUGGGGGCCACAUCAUCCAACACAGUGGACCCUGACUGCUCUGCCAAGGUGAUCAGGGCCAACCCACAGGGACGCCGGCGCCACAGUUCCGAGACUUUCUCCUCCACUGCCACUGUAACUCCUGUCUUCCCCUCCUUCGCUCAUGGCGAAAUGGUGAGGAGGCCCAGCUCAGUUGAGAACAUCUCAUCCCGCAGCAGUGAGGGCUCUGACGAGGAGUAUGGCAGCCCGGUGAACCGCCAGGCCUCAGCUGGCUACCCCAAUGGACUGAACUAUAUUGCCUUGAACCUGCUGGACAACAGAGAUGUGAAGAAAUGCGAAGAGCUGGUUGGCUUCAAUCCCACUAGCUGCAAAGGGGGCAUCAAUGGAUUACUCAGCACUCCAUAUGUCUGUUUGGGAUUCAAGGAGGCUGCCACCACUGCCAAAGACUGAGAGACUCCUCCGUCCUCUGACUUGGCAUCUUCAUCAACCUGCUGCUCAAAUAACCCC